AAUUUAUUUGACAAAAUUAUGCCAUAUGAACAUUGAAUCCAAGAUUUUUUAGAGGAUGAAUGAAAAUAUUACAUUAUAAUUUUUCCCAACUUGAGGCAUAAAAUUGUGUGUAAUUAUAUAAUUACGUGAAUUUCUAUUAUAAUUAUGGAAGGUGAUUACAAUUUAAAUAUUUCCAAUGAAAUAUUGUUUCCUAGUAUUCCGAAAGAUAUUAUUUUUCCUGAUGAGUUGAACAGAUAUUUGAGAGAACAACUAGAGUAUUUUUUGCACGAAAAUGGCAUGCUCAAGAAGAACUUACAAGAACAUGAGACUACUCUAAACGAUAAGAAAUCCAUAAUUGAAAACUUGAAACAUAAAUUGAAAGAAUAUGAAAAUAUCGGAAACAAACAUCAGUAUUCAACUACAACUACAUUUGUUAGUGCUAAGAUUGUAGAGCUGAGUAGAAGAUUGCGGGAAAAAAAUGCAGAAGUUGAGUCGUGGAAAACGAAGUGUUACAAACUAGAAAAAAAAAUGUUCGAGAUACAGGAAAGUGAAGUCAAAGAUAUGUCUGGACAAAAAGACGAAAAUGUUGCUUCACCCAAGAAUGAAAAUGAAUUGAAGAAACUCCAAGAAAAGUUGAACGCUACUUCCUUGAAAAUGAGGGAAUUGCAGAACUCUAAUAUUCACCUUAAAAACGAAUUAAAAAUGGCCAACAAACAUUUACAACAAGAAGUUGGAGAUACAUUCGAUACCAUAAAUAAUAACAACAAUCUCGGAUGGAGAGGUAGAGCCCAGAUCAUAUGCGAUUUGCAACAAAAAAAUCAGGAAAUGAGAGAGAAGCUGAAAAAUUAUCAAAAGAAUAGUGGUGUAGAAAAUGAUAGAAAAUCAGAAAAAAAAAUAGACUACUUGAACAAAGAGAACGAAGAUUUAAAGAAUAUAUUGGAAGACCAGAAAAAACGUAUUGACAUGUUGCGCGCUAGAUGUAAAGUCCUGGAGGCUGAGCAAUCAAUCAGUAAAUCCAAGAUAACUUCGCUUAUAUCUCAGACAGAAAGGGACCAAAACUUAUUACAAACCUUAUCUAAUCAAGUGACAAGUCACCAAGGCGCUGUAAAUGAAACAAUAAAGCAAAAGGAGAAAUAUAUCAGAGGUCUUCAAAAAGACAAUGAAAUUCUGCGAAUCGAAUUAUCUAAACAGAAAUAUACAAUAGAAAAUCUCGAUAAGGAACUCAAUGAUAAGGUAGAAGAAAUAAAGGAUCUAAUGAAAAAUAAACGAAGAAGUCCUAGACCAAUAAGUUCAUAUGGACAGAGAAAUAAAAAUAUGAUAGAUGAAAGAUUAAUCAAUCGUCUAGAAGUAGAAAAGUCGCGUUUAUUGGAACUCACAGAAGUGCAAGCCUCAAGAAUAUCAGCUGAAAGAGAGGCACAUUCGAAAACUCAAGAUCUCUUAAGGACGGAACGCCAGAGAGCAGCCAAAAUGGAGACAAAUUUGGCCAAAUUAGAGCUAGAAUAUAGUACAAUACGACCAGGAGGCUCAUAUUGUACAUUAACGACGAACAGAUCAUUGGACUUAAAAAAGCAGGCUACAGAUCUUCAAGCUGAUUUAGAAAUUGCUCAAGAAACAAUAAAGGCUUUGAAGACAAGACUAGAAAUCGAGCAACAUGAAAGAAAAAUGGAUUUGAAGGAAUUUUCUAGAAUUUUCGAAUCAAAUAAUUAAUCAGUAUUGAAUUACAAUAAAUUUUCGUAACAUGAA